GCAGUAAACUUAACAAUAACCUCACUUUUAUGUAACAUUUAAAAAUAAUUGUAUAAAUCGACAUUUCUACAUUUUGAAAAACGUUAGGAACGGAACAAAAUGUCCGUAUACCUAUCGAGAAUGUUAAAAACUGCGAUACGCGGUAGGGUCGCUUGUGUUUUGCCUACCGGUGCGAUUUCUCCCAAACAGCAAUUUAUAUCAAUAAAAAGCGUAUAUAUACCAGUUUUAAAUCAAUUAUCGCGUAGGUUUCGCUCUAGUGAUGCUAUACAGCCGACUGCGGCUUUAGAAAAUGCCAGUAUUCCUUUGAAAAAGAAGAUAGUGCAUAAAAAAUCUAUCGCCGAGAAUUUGAGUCAGAAAGAAGGACAUUUUUUAACUCUCGCGUAUGCGACUGCCAAUUCCUACGACCUCAAAGCUCUGAAGGAGGCAUUGGUAGAGCAGAAGCUGUACGAACCCGGAAACUUAAAAACAGUAGAAAUAGGUAAUGUGGUCGUAGCCAAUGCGGUUUACAAUAUUGGCUCUGAACAGAGAGAGAUAUUUUUCUUCAAGGAAGGAGCCGUAGUGUUCUGGAACUGUUCCGAGCUGGAAGCCAGUAAUGUCCUUGAGUUUGUUAAGCCCUAUGAACUUGAGAGCUAUCCACGGGAAGUCAUUGAGAAGGAAAGAGAAAUAAUGACAUAUAUCUACCAACCUAAUUCAAAAAAAUGUCACCUCCAAGAGUCGUGCUUCAUAAUGGUGCCAGAGAGAGAUAAUUCCUUAGAAAGGUUUGCUUUCAGCCACGCUAUGGCGCAGUCUGCCCGGCUGGGCGCGUGGGAGGCGCGGCUGGAGUGGCUGGCGGCCGCCGUGCGCUACCACACCGCCUCCAUGGAGCGGGAGGGCGCCGCGCACGUCGACAAGAAGGAGGUCGUCCGUAAGCUCGGCGAGCUGUUCUCCCUCCGGCAUCGCCUGAACGUGGAAUCCGACAUGCUGGACACUCCGGAUUUCUACUGGGAAGAGGAACAACUGGAGCGACUGUACUCCAACACCUUGGCCUACUUCACCAUACCGAGGAGGACGAGGGUUCUAAAUGAGAGAUUGAGUCACUGCGUGGAACUCCUAGAGCUGUUGUCGUCGUGGGCAGCCGACCGGCACCACAUCCGCCUGGAGUGGAUGAUCAUAGUCCUCAUUCUGGCCGAAGUCUGCUUUGAACUGCUGCACAUCUUCGAGCGGAACAGCUUUCGCUUGGACCGGCGCCGGCCGAGCCCUGAGCGGCGCCCGCUGUUCAGUUCGGACCUGGAGGAGAGCAUCGUGCAGGAGAUAUCAAUCAUCGACUCGUAGACACGGGCACUGCGGACGGGUGCUCACGAGAUGGAUCCGGUUUGAAGAGUAGGAUCCUUAAUCCGAUGCGAUCGAAACUUCAUGUUAAUAUCAAGUUUACGAUAUCAAUGGGUCGUGAACUGGACUGACUGAGGUUCUAAAGUUGUUGAAACUAGGAGAUCAUGCGUCCUCUUCUAACGUUCGCAUUAGAAGGAGAUGGCGUACAUUGAAACGUUCUACCGUGCUGCGUGUGGCAGAGCCUACAGCUUCCAACUUGAUAACCUAACUAAAAGGCCUAUAGUCGCCCCUGGACUUCAGCAAUGCAGCGCACUCGUGUCGCUUACUGGUGCUGUGGACUUUUUAGGGAAUUUCACAGGUGGUCUUUAGUGUUUAUAUUCCUACUUAUGCGGGUUUGUAAAGUGUUCCAUGACCGCAUGGUUGCGUGUCCGCUGUGAGGUCUAUGGACUCCUGUAUCGCUCCUGGUUGGGGUGCAGUGCAUCAUUGACCCUCUACACCAGGAAACCAUAGACGCGAAUUAUUUGAAGAUAAAAUUAAUACCUAAUUAGUAUUUAUUUAGUUAGACAUGAUAAGUUUUGUAAAAUAUUAUAGUAAAGUUAUGACAAAUACGUAUUAAAUUGAAUUUUAUUCGCUUGUAUUGAAGGCGAGGCCUUUCCCAAGGAUGUGUCAGUUUGUAGU